GUAAAUUAGUAGUCAUAGGCACCUGGUCGAGACAAACUUAGCUAGGUCGGCUAGUACGAAUUUGUAAGCUAGCGAGCUUCAGUGCUGUUGUGUGAAACUGGAGAACUAACAACCUCGACAUCUGGAGGGAAUUGUUGCUUAUUAUAAUUGGCAUUAAGAAAGUAAGUUGGAGUUGUGACACGGUAACACACAAACGUGCGACUUGUUUUGCCAGCUAGUUGUCCUCCAGUCAUGUCAUGAGACGCCUGUCAGCUGGCAUCGAACAUCCUUUGGAACUGAUUUGGAAUCGAUAAUACGGCAUUGCAUACAGAUGUUAAAGAUCCAGGAUCGCAGGACCCAGCUGUCUAAUUAAAAUUAAUUCUUGUGUUUAGCCUGGUUAUCAGUGUUCAUCAAGCUACAUCGCAUCCCAGAUGCCCCACACUGGCAGCUCUCCUAAUCAAGUAUUGGCACCAGAAUAACAAUGUCAGAUAAUCAGGGCAACUUAAACAACAACAACGUGCCACUGAACAAUAAUGGCGCUGCGAAUAGAUUGCGCAAUCCGAACGUUAACCAGAACCCGCUCAUCAAUGUGCGGGACCGGCUCUUUCACGCACUCUUCUUUAAGAUGGCAGUCACAUACGCCCGGCUCUUUCCGCCCUCCUUUCGCCGGAUAUUCGAAUUCUUCGUCCUGCUAAAGGCCUUAUUUGUGCUCUUUAUUCUGGCCUACAUCCACAUCGCCUUUUCCCGUUCACCCAUUAACUGUUUGGAGCAUGUGCGUGAGAAGUGGCCACGUGACGGGAUUCUGCGAGUGGAGAUCCAGCGCAACUCCAGUCGUGCACCCAUAUUCCUUCAGUUCUACGAAACGGAGGGGUUUCAGGGCCUCGUCAAAGAACCUGGCGGUGAUGCAGAAGGUGCUGGCCCAGUUGCAGUUCACCAAGAGGAGGAGGAUGAAGAGGAGCUUACCAUGGACAUGUUUGACAACAGCUCUGUGAGGUUUGAGCUGGACAUUGAGCCACGACUGAAGCCCUCGCUGAGCACUGGCAUCCCUGGCUCAGGUCUGAACGACACACAGGACCUCUCCUUCAGCCAGGCGCCCUCUAAAGGUAUGCAGCCGCUGAUGGAGACUGUCUCCGAGAUUGAGAUGCUAGCCAGAGCAGUAUGGCCUCAGGAGGAGUACAUAGUGGAGUAUUCUUUGGAGUAUGGCUUUCUCAGGCUGUCUCAAACCACACGGCAGCGCCUCAACAUUCCUGUUAUGGUUGUUACCCUGGACCCAAUGAAGGAUCAGUGCUUUGGUGAUGGCUUCAGCCGCUUCCUUCUAGAUGAGUUCCUCGGCUAUGAUGAUAUACUGAUGUCUAGUGUUAAGGCCUUGGCAGAAAAUGAGGAAAAUAAGGGUUUCCUGAGGAAUGUGGUAUCGGGGGAACACUACCGAUUUGUCAGUAUGUGGAUGGCAAGAACAUCCUACUUGGCUGCCUUUGUUAUCAUGGUGAUUUUUACCUUAUCUGUCUCCAUGCUGCUCCGCUACUCCCACCACCAGAUCUUUGUUUUCAUAGUGGACCUCCUGCAGAUGCUGGAGAUGAACAUGACUAUUGCAUUCCCGGCUGCUCCUCUUCUCACUGUAAUCCUAGCACUUGUGGGAAUGGAAGCCAUAAUGUCUGAGUUUUUCAAUGACACAACCACAGCCUUCUACAUCAUCCUUAUUGUCUGGCUGGCGGAUCAGUACGAUGCCAUCUGCUGCCACACCAACACGAGCAAACGCCAUUGGCUCAGGUUCUUCUAUCUGUACCAUUUUGCAUUCUAUGCAUACCACUACCGCUUUAAUGGACAGUACAGUAGCCUGGCUCUUGUCACUUCUUGGCUCUUUGUUCAGCACUCCAUGAUCUACUUCUUCCAUCACUACGAGCUGCCGGCCAUUCUCCAGCAGAUCCGGAUCCAGGAGAUGCUCCUGCAGAACCAGCAGGCUGCUCAGGGAAACCAGACAGCGCUGCAGGACAAUCUGAACAACAACACAACCACCAACAACGCCGUGCCAAAUGCUGGCAGAGCAAAUGCACCCAGCUCCGCUACUGCCAAUGGCCAAGAGCACCAGCCAGCUCCUACCCAUCCACAGCCUGAAGCGCCCAACGGUAUAUCCGCUGGGGCAUCUAGCGAUCAGGACUGGAUGGCUGAGACGGCAGCCAUCAUUACAGAAGCUAUCAUUACAGAAGCGUUAUCGAACCCACUGCUGGAGUCUCCAGCGUCUUCCACGGGCGUCAGCGUGGCAAUGGAAACGCAAAGCCCAAGUACGGCUGGGGAGAGCCAAGGGAGCGACAGACCCCCAGGAGGAGAUGAGAAUGGCGGGGAAGGAUCAACAACUCUUCUCACAGACUGUAGAGGGGCAGAGGUGGGCUUAACAGACACGCGACAGUGGGACGCUAAGAAGGAGAGCGAGAGUCGCACCGAAGCAGCUACCGCCGGCCCACACUCAGCCCCCUCCUGAAGUCAGCGCAGACUUCAAUUCUGUUCCAAACCCCAUGAUUUCUUAUUCUUUUUACCUCCAAGCAGCAGCGGAGCUUCUUUAACCUAAUUUCAUCCAGAAGAACCUGAGAAGGUAGAGGAGCAGCAUUACUGAUGGUGCAAAAUAUAAUCUCACCCUGUCACAAAUGCAGAGGAUUUGGAUGUUCCUUUUCAUAAGGACUUGAAAUUAAUAGACGUUUCUUAAAGUAAGGUUUCUUUUCUUAAGGAUGUGAAUUAAGUGGAUGCUUAGUGAAUUGAAACCACAUGUGAAGGUGUGAUCAUUUGAGGAGCAUUUAUGUUUCCCCUCUUUUAAGACUGAUAAAUGAUUGGUUUCUUUCACCACUGGGUGUGUUUCUAUACAGUGAUACGUGACUAAAUGAGUCAUUUUCAGAACUUAAUCCAUUACGUCUAAAGGAGUAUCUAGCAAAUGCUCAGUUAUAUGAUUUGUCUUUUGCUGUAAAACAUUAUUGCACUCUAGCAAACCACCCAGUGUAACAGAAGCCAAGCUGUACUAUGAAUACCUAGUGCACACUGCAUACAUGCUUUUUUCCUUUUGUGUCUCUGAAAAGAUUAGAGAGCUGCUCAGAUAUAGGACUAUUUAUAAACCCAGGAAGCAACAGCUCAAAGAAUGAUUCAAAAAAACAGUACAUGAAUAGCUGUUCAAUUAUAACAGCUAUAAAUAAUUGGCUGUGUCCCAAAUCUUGAAUUACAGUACUAAAUAGUACACUUUAUUGCCAGUAGUCUGUGGAUACCUGAACAGUUGAUGGACAUCCUGUUCCAGAACAGAUCCUCUUGAAAAGCAUUUUUACAUGAUUUUGAAGUGGGUAUUUGUGUAAAUUUGCACCUGUAUAGUAAAACACGUAUCUGUGAUCCAUGUUCCAAUGUAACCCAGUUAUGUAUCCCAAAGUUCAAUGAGGCUGCCAAAAAAGCUGUAAGCGCAGAAUUCAUUUUAUACACCUGUUAGCAAAGGGUGUGGCAGUAAUAAGAAGGCUUGUCCUCAAACAUUUGGCCUUAAAGUGUUUGUCAAAUUAGUGUACCAGCAAAGGUGUUACUAUUAAUUCUAUGUAGUCUGUAGUAGGGCUGGUCAAUUAUGACCAAGAUUCUCUAGCGCAGUAUCUGGUGCAUCUCCACUUACUUUUUUUUUUGCACCCGUAUUCAACAGCCAUUCAUUAAUGGUUAACUGCGGAGCGUAAAGCGACCGAUUCAAACAUUAAACCCAAGUUUGUGUUGCCAAGAUCUUUGGAUAUAAAAAAAUAAUAAUAAAAACGUAAACAUAAAAUGAGCAUAAAUUAACAUAAAUACCAUGAUCAGAUCUAGUUUAGCAUUUAGUGUUCUAUUUAAGAUGGAGCUUAGUAAGCAUGGUAAUUAAAUAAUACAUGUGCAUCAAGUAUCUUAAAACUCCUGGCGGCAGCAAUAGUAAAUAACAUGGUCUGCAAUUUCAUAUGUUCUGUGUAACCUGCAGUCUGCUUAUUUAUUUUUGGUUCUACUUUUACUUCUUAUUUUUUAAUUCUUUUGUAGACAGUACAUCAUUCUCAUUAUUUUGGCUGUCACUAAGAGAUCCCAUAUAUUCUGGCUAUGCACAUCACUAAUCGUGUAGCGUUUACCCUCAUCGGCGACGCACCACAUGUUCUUCUUAAAACGCAAGAAGAUUAACUGCAAGCGACUUUUUGUGUAGUGCGAGGGGUGCUUGAGUUUUUGAAAGUUGUGUAGUGUGCACUAGAGUUUUUUCACGCUUAAUGGGAGGUCUACUUGGAGAAAAAUGUAGUCUCUACUGCCUUGAAAAUAAACCAUGUUGCAUUUUAAUCACUUUUUGAAUGCCAUGUUCUGGUGUUAAGGAAGGAAUUUGAUUUUUUUAAAUUUUCUUCCUUCAGGAAAAUUGCAGUUUGGAUUAAGUUAAUUAAAAAUACCUUAUUGUGCUGACUUGUGUAACAGGCAAACUCUGUUUUGUGCAAUCUCAAAAUUGUCUAUAAAGGUACCCCGCUAAUCCUGAUUCACAAUCUCUUGGAGGUCUUUUUUUUUUAGGUUUCUUGAUAGUUUCUCACCAUCAAAAAGUAUAGUGUCUUUUUUUUUAAGGCUGGCACAUACAAUUCUUUUUUGGUUUAAUCAAUUAUGAUGGUGCUGAGAGGUAAUUGUUUAGGUCUAUAGCAUUCUCAGAGGAAAAUUAUUAUUAAUUGCUGUUAUAUAAUAAUAAUAUACAAGAAGCCAUAAAGAAUGUAUAUUUUUAUAGAAUUCAAAACAGAUCUUAUUUAUCCAACAGCAAAUAUUAUAAAGCUAAAAAAAUCAACUAUUUCAAAUACUUCCAUUAGAACCAAUGGAAAUCAAGGUAAUUUCUAAUGUAAAUUCUGCCAAUGAACGAUGUCACUGAUUUGACUGCUGGAAUUUUGCAUAGUUGCAAAUGGAUCGUAAUACAGUUAAAGUUAAAAUAGUAUAACAUUCCCUAUAUAUAAAACAAAUACAUUAAUAAAGGCAAUUAAACAA